AUGGAAGGAUUAUUGAAUUCUUUGUUUAACCAAAGUUGCUUAAAAACCUUUGCUUUCACUCCAAGACUUGGUUAUACUUUCCCAGUGGUCAUGACAAGAACUGGGAAUUUAAAUCUAAAACCUGAAUCCUGCACCCUUAGAAGUAACUGCACACAAUUAGGUAGAGACACUGGCACUAGCUCCAGAGGGGCUAGUGCUGAUGCACUGGACAAUGAUGAUAAAACAGGGGAAUCCAAUGUGGAGUGGGAAUCGCAGUUCCUUGGGGAACUUGAUCCAUUUGGUUACCGGCCUCCCAAGAAAAGGGAAAAAGAGCAGAGGUCAAAGUUGCUUGAAGAAACAGAUGAAAUGGAUUGGUGUGUGAGGGCAAGAAAGAAGGCGCUGAAAUCAAUUGAAGCAAGGGGUAUGGCUCAUCUGAUGGAAGAUUUGGUUACUGUUAAGAAGAAAAAGAAGAAGGACAAGAAGAAGUUGGAAAGCAAGAAGAAGGUAGUUAAGAAAAUUGAGGAAAUAGAAGAUCUUGACUUUAGUUUGGAGGAAGACUACGCACAGCCUAUGCAACAUGUGAAUGAUGUUGAUGAUUUAAAAAGGAAAGUGAGUAUGUUUUCCGAUGGAAUGUUUAUAGCAAAGAAGGAAAAAACAAUGGAAGAAUUUGUUAAUAGGCUUUCUCAAUUCUCUGGGCCAUCAGAUCAUAGAAAAGAAGUAAACUUGAACAAAGCAAUAGUAGAAGCACAGACUGCAGAUGAUGUGUUAGAGGUAACUUAUGAAACAAUUGUUGCAGUUGCAAAAGGCCUAAGCCCCUCUCCUCUGUCCCCCUUGAACAUUGCUACUGCUCUUCAUCGCAUUGCAAAGAAUAUGGAGAAGGUUUCUAUGAUGAGAACUCGAAGACUGGCUUUUGCUCGACAAAAAGAGAUGUCUAUGCUUGUGAGCGUUGCGAUGACAGCCUUACCUGAAACCUCUGCUCAAGGAAUCUCUAACAUAUCUUGGGCACUGUCCAAAAUUGGAGGUGAACUGCUUUAUCUUUCAGAAAUGGAUAGAAUUGCAGAGGUUGCACUGACCAAGGUUGGCGAAUUCAACUCCCAAAAUAUUGCUAAUACAGCAGGUGCCUUUGCUGCAAUGCAGCAUUCUGCUCCGGAUCUUUUCUCAGAGUUGUCAAAAAGGGCUUCAGAGAUGAUUCACACUUUUCAAGAACAAGAGCUAGCUCAGCUUUUGUGGGCUUUUGCUUCUCUAUAUGAACCUGCUGACCCUGUAUUUGAUUCUUUAGACUCAGUCUUCAAAGAUAGUUGCCAAUUGAGAGGUUGCACAGGUGAAAAAACAUCAAAUAAUCAUGAACAGAUCAGUGUUGAUAGAAGUGGUGCCUCAAAUGGAUCUCUUGGCUCUCCUGGCUCUCCUGUACUAACUUUAACUAGAGACCAGCUUGGGACUAUAGCUUGGUCCUAUGCCGUAUUUGGGCAAAUGGAUAGGAGUUUCUUCGCUCAUGUCUGGAAAACUCUCAGCCAUUAUGAGGAGCAUAGGGUUUCAGAGUUUUAUAGGGAGGAUAUGAUGUUUGCUUCUCAAGUUCAUCUUGUAAACCAAUGCUUGAAGCGUGAAUUCUCGCAUCUUCAGUUAUCAUUAUGUGGUGAGCUUGAGGAUAAAGUUGCUCUUGCUGGAAAAACCAAAAGGUUUAAUCAGAAAAUAACUUCAUCGUUCCAAAAAGAGGUUGGACGCCUACUCAUAAGCACUGGCCUAGAAUGGGUCAAAGAAUAUGUUGUGGAUGGUUACACUUUGGAUGCUGUGCUUGUUGAUAAGAAGUUUGCUCUGGAGAUUGAUGGUCCAACUCAUUUCUCAAGAAAUACUGGUGUUCCAUUAGGUCAUACCAUGUUAAAACGCCGAUACAUCACUGCAGCUGGUUGGAAAGUCGCAUCAGUAUCCCAUCAGGAGUGGGAGGAACUUCAAGGAGCAUUUGAACAAGUAGAGUACCUCAGGAGCAUCCUCAAAAAUCAUCUACACGAAGUAUACGGCGAAACUACAUUGACUGGGGUAAAGUGA